AUGCUUGUUCCUGGCAAGAUCCAGCACAUCAUUUGCACUGGAAACCUUUGUAUCAAAGAAGUUCAUGACUACUUGAAGACCCUUUGUCCUGACUUGCAUAUUGCUCGAGGUGAGUAUGAUGAAGAGACAAGAUAUCCAGAGACCAAAACGCUAACUAUUGGUCAGUUUAAGCUCGGGUUGUGCCAUGGCCACCAGGUUAUUCCAUGGGGGGACCUAGACUCACUAGCCAUGCUUCAAAGGCAGUUGGACGUAGAUAUCCUUGUGACAGGUCACACCCAUCAGUUCACAGCCUACAAACAUGAAGGAGGCGUCGUCAUAAACCCAGGGUCUGCCAGCGGCGCCUUUAGCAGCAUCACCUAUGAUGUCAACCCAAGCUUUGUCCUCAUGGACAUUGAUGGCCUUCGUGUCGUUGUCUACGUGUAUGAACUCAUUGACGGGGAGGUUAAGGUUGACAAGAUUGAUUUCAAGAAGACAACUGCCGCUCACUCUGCUCAUUGA